UAAGCUGGGAGAGAUCACACGAUGGACACAGUCGUUUUGGCAGAUUUUCAAGAGAUAAAAUGAAGGCGGGUGAGUCAGUCUGUUGCUCAAGGACGCUCUGAUAGUUUAAAAGACAAUGCGUCGGUGAAAAUAAGAAACUAUUUCUCUGGUAGACUUGGAUAUCAUCAGACGAAUAGUAUCAUCUUUCAAAGUUAGAAAAUGAAAUUUACACGGACCCUGAUUUUCUGGCAAAGUAUUGUUCUUAUUUUCUCCGGGUGUUUUUGUUCACCGCAUCCUAACAGUAUGCUGUGGCCGGAAAGGCGACCUCUCAGUGAAAGUCGUCCCUCUACGACGACUGAAGCCUCCGUUAGUGAGAAUGUAGACACAUUGGCCUGCGAACUUGAAAAAAUGGGAACUGAUUACACGAUUUCCAUCAAGUUGAUGGAAAGCAUUUUAACCUCUAUGAAAGAAAAAUGGCAAAACAUCGACAGGAAAUCCAAGGCUUUGAGCAAAAUAGGUCACCUAACCGAUGGACAGUCAUGCAGUAAUGACGAGGAUCACGAUUCGGAGUUGGAGAAAAUAGACAAAAGAGAAUUGAAAAGUCUUGCAGAUGGCAUUUGGGAAAAGUUAGACAAUUUCAACUGGAAAAAUCCCGAUAAAGAAAUACCAGAACUGAAAUCGCAAAUGGCUGGAUUACUUUUUCUCUUAAAGAUACGACGUUGCAAAAAUUCAACCGAGACAUUCUACAAGGAUCGUUGUCAUCCCAUUGGAAAGGACGUACACUGUCCACCAGACAGCCAUAUGGUGCUCCAUGACGGGCCGAAUAACAAAGGUUUUUGUGACUGCUCCGAUAACAUCAGUGGAAAAAACGGUCUAUUGCCAAUUUUUUCAAAUGAGACUGGCAAAUGUUAUUUUCAAAAUACUCAGGGCCCUUGUCGCAGCGGGGAGUGGUUCGUAAUUAAGAACAAAGUUCCUCAAUGCGAAACGGUUCCCAAUAAAUGUUUCGUUGACGGGACAUACGUCUACGGUAAACGGAGUGAAAAGGGAAUUUCAAGGAGCAGAUCGAGAAAUAAUUUUUCAACGGAGUUAAAAUGCUGGGAAAUCAAUAGCAGUGUCCACUGUCCUUCAUCAGGACAAAUUCUAACGGCGGAGCAUAAUUCGGACGGGGAAUUACAGGUGCAUUGUUCAGUUCCGGUUUCAGAAAUUGUAUCUCAAAUGUCCCGUGCCCAUUCAUAUCCAUGCCGGAUGGGAACACGCCGCAGUUUCAGCGGGGAGUGUACCACCAAAAUAGCCAUCGGCUAAAAUACUACUGGCACUACAGCAGGGAUAUACAAUACUGACAUACAAUUUUACUCUUAGUUAUAACAAUUUACUUCUUUAUGUCGUUAAUCGAAUUAAUCAACAGCAGGAUAUAGCGGCUAAUGAAUUUUACGUUAGACCUUUUCUGGGUUAUUAAAAAAUACAAGGAGUUUUCGUGUCGUUAUUUCCAAGAAAAAUCUUAAUUUUGGACCAAUUAUUUUCCGUUUCAAUCCUAUCUACCGUCUGCUAUGGUUGGUUUAAUACAAUAUUGCAUAACAA